AUGAUUUUUAAUAGCACACUACUCCUCGAACUUAAGAGGCAUAAAGUGACGUCGCUACCUCCCAAUGCCACAACAGUUCAAGAGCUAGAAUACUUGAAAGAUACAACAAAGCAUUCCCUGUACAGUGGGAUGACCCCCAAUGCAGGGUUCAAUAUCGCCAUGAUAGCCAUCUGGGGGAUCUUAUUAGCAUGCCAAUGUGUUCAAGUCUAUUACCGUCAAAUAUGGUUCUCGGUAGCAUUCAUAUGUACAGGUAUCCUAGAAGUACUAGGGUAUAUAGGAAGAGCAUGGGGCCAUUAUAACGUCUAUAAUAUGGACGGAUUUCUUCUAAAUAUGAUUUGUUUAACCAUCGCUCCCGUGUUCACUAUGGGUGGUAUUUAUUAUCAAUUGGCAAAACUAAUUGAAGUGUACGGUCAUCGAUUUUCUCUAUUACCGUCACCAAUGUAUUAUUCAUACAUUUUCAUAGGCUCCGAUAUUGUAUCAUUGGCCAUUCAAGCCGCAGGUGGUGGUACAGCAGGUAUGGCUGUCGAUGAUGAUAAAUCAGCAGAUCAAGGUGACAAUAUUUUCGUCGCAGGGUUGGCCAUUCAAGUUGCAUCAAUGUUUUUCUUUUUAGUUUUUUGGUUCCAUUUCCUUUAUAGAAUUUACCUCAAGAGUAGAUGGGAACAUACGGGCAAAAGAACUUUCAGCAUUAAAGAAUUGUCCAAAAUACCACAAUCAGAUUUGGAAUAUCUAUAUAGAGAUAAAUUCCAUGAUAUGAGAAUGAACCCAGAUCGUUGGAUCUUCCGUUAUUUCACACUGGCAACCACAGCAGCUGUCCUUUGUGUAUUCACUCGUUGUUGCUAUCGUCUUGCUGAACUGUCUGAAGGAUGGGGAGGGAACUUGAUUACACAUGAACCAUAUUUUAUUGUGUUAGAUUCCAUAAUGAUGACUUUGUGUGUCUUAAUCCUAACUAUUUUCCACCCGGGAUUCGUGUUCUUAGGUAGGCAUGUUUCCAUUCCAAUCACAAAGGGUCAUGUGGAUCCAGAAGAUGUUAUCCCCACGGAGGAAGAUCUAGACGUCAGUGCUACAGCUUCCGAUUUGGUAGAAAAGGAAAAGGAACUGAUGGAAAAUACUGAAAAAAAAUCAGUAUCAUUCAUGAAAAAGUGUUGGCCCUUCCAUAAAAAUAAAAAGAGUAAGCCAGAUGAUGUAGAAACAGCAAUCAACCCAUAA